GACGACGUCACUUAAUUAAUUUUUAAAUGAAUAGAUUCGUAUUGGUGAAUAAAAAUCCAGAGUACAAAGGCCCUACUACUCUGAGAGGACCUAAGUUUUUGGAGAAAAAUAUGGAGAAGCAACCAAACGAGGACGAAGGCGAAGAGCAAAGCGAAAACGAUGAAUUUGAGGACGACUUGCAAUUGGAAACGAGUAGCCAGGAUCUGGAUACAGAAGACGAAAUGAUCCCCUCGAAGCUUAACAUUUUGCCGAGCAUGCCUUCCGACGAUGCUCCAAUGCGCAAGUAUUCAUUCAAACUUAAGCACGAUGAAUCUGGCAAUAUUCUCACUGUACAUCAUACGGUGAAGGAGGAUGGCCAGCUACUGCGCAUCCAGAUUGCAGCAUGCUGCUUCAGUGACCAGAGCAAUAAAUUGGUGGUCAUUGACAAGCGCGGCAACAUCUUCGUCUUUGAUUUUGUUAGAAAACGCUAUUGGCGUCUCAGUAUCCGCAUGCCCAAGGCAAAGCUGAUCCGCCCGUCGCCCCUGCACAGGAACGACUACAUUGUGGGCAAUAAAUUGGGUCAAAUUUACACUAUCGAUGUAGACAACUCGAUUGUGUCUACCUGCGGCGAGGUCUGCAGUGGAUCCAUCGAGGAGCUCAGCUGGAGCAGUAGCCUAAAACGCUCUCGUAAGUACACGACUCUCAUGCGCUUUGGACGCGAAGCAGUCUUGGUGAAUCUCGAAACACUGCGGGUUUCGCAUCAGCUGGAGUUUGACGAGUCGCGCUAUACAUUGAAAUUUGCUGGGUACCUGCCAAACUCGGAUCAGUUUCUCACGUGUUUCACCAACGAUUCGCUGCACGUUUGGUCUACCCACUCCUUGGGCACCUUGCGGUCAGCCCUGCCCAUAAAGGCAAGAGAUCGCAGACUGAGGCUGCUGUCCGCUGGAAAAUCCGUGCCAGAGAUCACUCUGCGUGGCCCUAUCGACAGUGAUGUUGAGCAUGAGCUGGCGUUCGAGUGUCAGGACCACGACUUUGCCGAUGGUCUCUUGCUCGGCUAUUGCUUCACACCCGAUGGCAACAAGCUGUGUUUAAGCACCUUAGAUAGCUAUUUUCUCAUGCUAAGCACGGCUUCCUUUGAUCUGGAGAAAAUUUACCGGCUGUCUGACUUCGUUCUGAAGACAAUGGCUUUCCUUGUGCAGCCCAAGGAGCGAAUUUUAUUCGGCAUAACAGGCAGGAAUCAAGCUGUGAUGCUAGACUUGGCCCACACGGAUCAAAAGUUGAUUGUGCAGCGUUCGAAUGCGACCAGCUUAAGCUUGAGUCGGGAUGGAAAGUUGCUCAGCAUCAUCUCUAAAUGCGGCGAGGUAAAUGUGUGGUCCACUUGCAGCCUCUUCAAUGCACUGCAGGCCCAGACAAACUGCAUCAGCAAACUGAAGUGCACGAUCAAACAGCUGCCACCUCUUCCCACCUGCACUGUCAGCGGCUGCAUGAACCAAGAGGUGCGACAUCUACUUAAGCGCGAUCGCCUGAAAGCCAUGAUCAAGGAAUACGGCUGCUACCCGGAGAAAUAUCGGUUUCUUAUAUGGACGUCUCUCCUGGAGAUUCCUUGCAAUGGAAGCCAGUUCCAGUCCCUCAUUAAACUGGGUACACCGCAAAAUGUCAGAAAUCAAGGUAGAAAUCUUCAAAUCCAGAAUGAUGCACAUAGACGUGGAGUUAUAAAAGUUUGGGGCUGUCUUUCCCAGUGGUGCAAAGUUAUUGCCUAUGCGAACUUUAUGCCGCAUUUGAUCUACCCGUUUGUGAAACAGUUUCCCAAAAACGGCCUGGUGGCCUUUGAAGUUCUUGUGACUCUCAUUCUAAACCAUUUUCAAUUGUGGUUCGAGUUCCAUCCCCUGCCCCCAUCCAACUAUCUGGCCAUGUGUGAGAAUCUCCUACAGCGCAGCGACGAGAUGCUUUGCAAGUACUACAAGUCCCUAGAGGUGACGCCAAAGGAGUAUGCCUGGUCUAUGCUCAGCAAUGCCUUUGCUGAGGUCCUAGAGGAGCAGCAGUGGCUCAUUUUAUGGGACAAUAUAGUCACAGAGCAAACCUUUUUCCCAAUAUUCCUGGUAGUGGCCUACAAUCUGAUACAGCGAGAGAUUAUCCUUCGGCUGCCAGACAAGCAGGCCAUUGUCGCAUUUUUUCACGAUCAAAAUCCGGUUGAUAUGUGCAAGCUUCUUUGUAAAGCGCGCAAACUGGCGGCCAAAUGUGAUCCCACCCUGCAUCCUCAGCGCUUUAUUCAACGAUUUACUCCCAUACCCAAGGGCGUAUAUCCCAAAUUCCUGAAGUAUCCAAGCGAAUGGAUUGAGCAGCAAGAGGAACAGACGGAUCAGAUCAUCAAGUCCCACCAGGAAAUUGAUGCACGCAUAAGAGAACUAGAACUGGAGGAGGUCAAGAUGAUGGAGCGUCUUGAAAACGGGCUCAAGCAGGAGGAGCACGCUCGUCGCGUAAAGAAAAUGGAGGAACUCUAUGCGCACACCAUCCAGCGAGAGCAGGAGCGGCUCACCUGCCAGCGGAAAAUGCUGAUUACAUACCAAAUGGAGGUUCGCAAGCGGAAGAGUGAGGUCAUCGCAAAGCUGCAAGAGUCCGAGCAGCGACGCAAGGUUAUGGAAAUGGAGAAGGACAUAGACCUUCUUAUGCAUACCAUCGAGCGGGAGAGGCGACGCCACAACCAAGAGAUGCAGCUGGCCGAGGACGAGAUUCACAACCAGGAAAUGGACCUCUUGGCACAGCGCUACAUCACUGAGUGCGAGGGUGCUCCUUUGUCCCAGAAGUUCUACGAUAAUAUUCAAAAACUGUCCCAGGAGCGGGACCAUCUGCAGAAAAACUUGCGCAAGAUGACCAUGGAAAUAGUUCAGCCUGCGGAUUCAUCAUCGCAAAUGAUAUCACCGCUUUUGGCCUUCGAAAACUCCAUUACGGAAAUCCUGCGGGAGUUCUCAGACAUAAUAAGCACUGAUAGGUCAGGAGCUUGAAAGCAAUACUUCUCAGAGGAAAGCGCAAUAAGGCCUUAUUGUACAAAUAAAUAAUGUCUAAGCUAGAAUUAUUAUCAUGGCACCAUAGCAUACAAAUAAAUAUUUACAUAAAAUCAAA